AUGCAAAAAUGGCAAAAAUGGCUUCGUCUAACAACUAUGCCCGCGCCUAUCGACUCUGCAGAGUUACAUCAAUGGCGGUUCAAGUUAUAUGUCACAACAAAAUGUAUAGAAUCUGCGAUAGCUAUUUAUAUACAAGGGCUAUCCAAAGGAGUACAGUUCUCGCGAAAUUUUCAUGUAGACGUGCGCAGGGUUAUUAAGAAAACUCGGAAUCCGUACUUGAUUCUUAAAUUCUAUAAUGAUUUAUUUUUUGCCAAGAUAGCUGAAAAUUCUGACGACGUAGCUUCCGCAAAAAUAGAUAACGCAUUAAAAAGAAUUCCAGCAUAUAAGGUUGGCAUAGCUUAUUGUGAAUUAACGAGAAAGGUAAAAGUACACAAGUUGAUCUUUCGUGAAGUUAUAGAUAAAUUGGCUUCUGAACACAGCUUAGUGCAGCAUGCGCUAAAAUGUUAUAAUGACAUGAUAUCUAAGGGUUACUAUCUAGAUGUAUGGACUUAUAAUAGACUGAUAGAUAGUGUCUGCAAAUCCGAUGAUUUAGGUACCGCAUGGAAGAUAAUAGAAGAUAUGAUUCGCGUUGGUGUGCAUCCUGAUAUUGUUACUUUUAACAUCUUGUUAAACCGCCAAAUAUCGCGCAAAGAUUGGAGUCAAGCAGUUAGAAUCCUUGAUAUGAUUCAAGAAGCUGGGUUACAUCCAUCGGAAAGCACGUUGAAUACUUUAACACGAAAUAAACUAAUUGAAAAAUUAAAUCCUAAAGAAGCACAUGAAUAUUCAACAACCGUAUUGAAAAGGAUGUCCCUUUUUAAUCGUUUGGAAUGGUUCUCAGUUCUUGGAAGUACUACAAAGCUAAUACAGAUUUAUCAAGAAAUAAUUACAAGUGGACAAAGUCAAGACAUUUAUACGUUUGAAGUAAUCAUACGAAACUUGUUUACAGGGCAAAAUAGUGACAAAGUCAAGCAGCUCUACGAUGAAAUGUGCAAAUUAGGAACAGAGCCAACCUUGGCUUUGUACAACAUUUUGAUUGGAGGAUUUGUAAAAUUAGAGGACAUGGAUAGUGCACAGUGCUUAUACCGUGAUAUGUCUUUAAGGUCAAUAACCGGUGAUGUUAAUACAUAUAAUCUUUUAAUUUGGGGUCACUCUCAAAAAAUAAAUCUAAAGGAAAUUAUUUUCUUGCUCGAUGAUAUGCUCUUAUUUAAAAUUCGACCAAAUAUAUACACAAUAUCUAUUGUGCUGAACCUGUAUAUUAGACUAAAUGAUAUACGAAGAGCACGUCAGCUCUUUGAAAUGCUUCUUGAAACAAAGGAUCAAAAGCCUAAUCUUUAUAUUUUUAAUAGUUUGAUCUCCGGUUAUGCGAAUGUUGCCAAAGAUAUGGCUGAGGCCAAACGACUUUUACUCCAUCAUCCCAUCACACAAACGUUGCAGCUUAAAGCGUUAACAUUUAAUAUUGUUAUACAAGCAUAUACCAUGCAGAAUGAAAUGGAUGCAGCGAUGGAUUUGAUGCGACAAAUGGAAAAUAUACACGGUGUUGAACCGAAUGCAUGGACUUUUUACCAUUUAAUCACAGGUUACUUGAAUAACGGUCAUUUUAAUAAAGCAUUAACAUUGCUUAAAUAUAUGUCUAGAAGAGGAAUUAAACCUGACUGGCGACUGAAAAAAACGCUUAAAGAAAUAAGAUAUAAAAUUAUGUAUAAAAAUUUUGUAAGUUUAAUGCCACAAAUAAAUCUUUAA